AUGUCUACACCAGUUGAAGAUGCAGCCGCUGAGAACGUUGUGGAUGGCGAACAUGACACCUCUCCUCCACCAUCAAAGAUGACGAGAACUGAGUGGAAAGCUAUGCUUCGUCAGCGAAAACAUCUCAAUACGGUAUGUUCGCAAGGGUCUGAACAAUCAGAUGACGAUUUCCCUGCUGGCGAUGCUGUUGAGAUCGAUAGCGAUGGAAGCGAUUCGCCUCCGGCCGAAUCUGAUCGUCUCACUCCUAUCCCAAAGUUCAGAGGCAAUGAUUCUGAUUCCGACGACGAGGUGGCGCAACCUGAUUUAGGUCAUGGAGAUCUGCUCAAGGAUUUGGAGAACGUUACGGAUUCGUCGGACUCGUCGCGACGUUCACUUGGAAACACCGAAUACAAUGAGUCGAAUGAUUUGCUUGAGCAUGCUCGCCCGAUCAGUCCAUUGAAUCUUACCGAACUACCUGAAUCCAGCACAGGACCUCAUCGGCUUUAUGAUUUGUUGAAAAUUUCAUUGGAAUACAGACAUUCGUCCGAUGAUCUUUUAAUACAUGUCUGUUGCGUUUGCGCAUUUCAGAAGACGCCAUGUUUUUCACAAGCAGAUCGUGUCGCCACCUUGCGCAAACGAAUGGCAAUUUAUUCGCCAAGCGAUAACAUGCUGUCACCUUGCACCAUGAAACUCAACCGACCGAAGAAUUUCUUCCGCAUGCGGCAGGCUAAAGCGUCAUCGUUAUUGUCCGCUGAACAACUAGGUGAAGACAGUGAUGAUGUGGUUGAAGUAGAAAAUACUAUCACUGGUGAAGCUGAUACAACUGAAGAUGAUGGAACGAGCAAAACCGGUGACGAAGAUAUUGGUGCAGAAAGCCAGGAAGGUUCUGAUCAUGACGAUAUCUGA